ACCAACCACAAGAAAGAACACAGCCAAACUCGUACUAGCUAGAAAGAUAUUGGUCAUGCAGCUCACUUCUUUUCUUCUUCUUCUUGUUAUUUUUUCCCUUCCAUUACAGAUGCAAGCUUUAGAAAGAGCAGAGGGAAGAGCCCUCCUUCAGUGGAAGGAAACCUUAUCCAAUACUGAUGGUGUUCUUGAUUCAUGGUCCCUUUCCAACUUCAAAAACAUUUGUAAUUGGACAGGUAUCACUUGUAAUACUGCGAAGUAUGUUUCUAAGAUGAACUUGAGUGGUUAUAAUUUCAACCUCACAGGUACCCUUCACAACUUUGGUUUUGUUUCAUUCCCGAAUCUUAGCCAUUUAGUCCUCUCUAAUAAUAGUUUCAGUGGAUCAAUUCCAUCUGCUAUUGCUAACCUCACCAAACUCACAUUCUUGGACCUUAGUCUAAACUAUUUUGAAUCUAGUAUACCACUAGGGAUUACAAAGUUAACAAGACUCCGAUAUUUGAACCUCGAUGGAAACAAUCUCAAUGGCACUAUUCCCAAUCAGAUCAGUCAUCUUCACAACCUUCAACACCUCGAUAUAUCAUUUAAUCUUUUCGGUGGCCAACUUUCAGAAUCAAUAUUCUCAAAUCUAAGCAAGCUUCAGUCUUUCCAUUGUAGAUUAAAUUUUUUUCAAGGCCCUUUUCCAACCAAUUUUACCAGCCUUUCAAUGCUUAAGAUAAUUGAGCUAUAUGAUAACCACUUCUAUGGCAUUAUACCUCAAGAAGUUAGUCGACUGACAAAUUUAAUAGACCUUGAUCUUGGUCGGAAUAACUUCUGGGGUGCCAUUCCACCACAAAUUGGAAAUCUGAACAACUUGGAGAAACUUUGUCUUGAAAGCAACCAUUUUUCUGGGCCUAUGCCUUCUGCAUUUGGAAAUCUGACAAAUCUGAUUAACUUGUUACUUGCUCACAACAAUCUAAGUACCACCCUAGAGUCAUUAUUGUUAUGCAAUUUCAACUCUCUGGGAGUUCUUGAUCUGUCUAGAAACAAUUUGCGAGGUCCACUACCUCAAAGUUUAUGGAACUUCAGCAAAAACCUUUGGUUUGUGGAUUUUUCACGAAACAAAUUUGAGGGAACUAUUCCUGGAGAAUUUGCAGAGAAAAACAACUUAAAGUUUAUCAAUUUGAAGGGAAAUCACUUGGGAGGGCCAUUGCCUCGAGGCCUACUAAAUUGUAGCAUCCUUGAGGUUUUAGAUGUUGGAAACAACAAGUUGGUUGGUUCUUUCCCACAUUGGUUGGAUGUUCUAUCUCAUUUGGAGGUACUUAUCUUGAGAUCUAAUCGAUUUUAUGGCACAGUAGGCACUUCCAACACUAAAUGCCCAUUCCCAAAGAUGCGUAUAUUUGAUAUCUCCCACAACGAGUUCACAGGUGCUUUGCCAAGGUAUUACUUGGAGAAUUUUGAAUGGAUGCAGAAUGAAAGUGCUACUGAUGAUUACAUAAUGCUCUCCCCAGAUGAUUAUAUAGACCUUGUGUUGAAAACGACGGAGCAUCCAGUGCAGACCUACCAUUUGUUUAGAUUUCUUGAUUUCUCCAAUAACCACUUUCAUGGGGAGAUUCCAGAAUCUAUAGGAAAGCUACACUACAUCAGGUUUUUGAAUUUAUCCCAUAACCAAUUGAUCGGAAAUAUUCCAUCAUGGUUAGGAAAUUUAUCUAAUCUUGAGGCGCUUGAUCUGUCAUCGAACCAACUAGUGGGUAAAAUUCCUGAACAGCUUGCAACGUUGACAUUUCUAGCUGUACUAAACCUCUCCUAUAAUCAUCUCGUUGGUCCUAUUCCACACGGCCCGCAAUUUAACACUUUCAACAAUGACUCUUAUUUGGGAAACACAGCUCUGUGUGGAUUCCCAUUGACGAUACAAUGUCAAGGCAGCAAUAAUCGGUCACAACCCCAAACACCAGCACCAAAUGGAGAGGAGGAUUCAGGAAAUUUUGAGGGCGGAUUUGGGUGGCGAAGUGUUGUUAUAGGAUACUGCAGUUGCAUGCCAUUUGGUAUUUUUGUGGGAUAUCUUGCAUUUUUGUAUGGAAGACCAAAAUGGUUUGUAAGGUUAGUGGCACCAGUUAGGACACUUAGGAAUAAGAAGUAGUGAAAGGGGCAGAGAUGAGCUUUGGUUUUCAUUUGAUUUGGGGUUUUCAUUUUGAACUUGUACGAGUGCUUAUUUUAAUUUCAUCUAAUGUUGUAAUCAAUAAAAUUUCUUUUGUGUUUU